AUGAGCAAUGCAAUGAUUGUUGCUCUCCUUGGAAGCCCCUCAAAACGAAGAAAUUCCAUCGUCACUACUGCUUUUGACCAAAAUUGUGCUCGUGAAUUGGUGUCUCGUUCCAAUAGUAUUGUCGUUGCUGGUGCUGCUGCUACUAUUGGUUCUCCGAGAAGACAAGAAUUGCCUCGACCUUCGUUGUCGGGUCGAACAAACGCUUCGUCCAUCCUGCAUUUAAAUCAUUAUCAUGUCCCUCCUCCUACGUAUGCUCUUCCAGAAGAAACUCUAUUGAACUUGUUGUCUCUGGAGGUAUCACCCAUUGACUUGCAAGAACGAUUUAAACAAUAUUUUGUUGAGAAUGAACGAGUGAUUCAGCACUAUAAGAGACAAUUUGAAGAAUAUAAAGAAAAAUUGAACCAUGCAAAUGAGGAGAAUGCCUUUCUUUCGAAUCAGAUUCAUCAAUUGACUUGUGAAUUGAACGCUCUCACAGAAGAGUUGCAUGAUGAAAAAGAAAAGCUCAACCAAUCGACCAUUGACUUGGAAUCGGUCCAACAAGAAGUUCUAAAUUUACGUCAAGAAAACGAAUCACUUCACAGACAAAUAACAAGACAGAAUGAAUGCAUUCAGAACAGUUCCUCACAUUUGAUUCAAAUCCAAGAAGACUUUCGAAAAACAAAGCAAGAAAAUGAAACUCGAAUUGAGGAACUGACUCAUGAAAUUGACAUUUUAAAACAUGAAUGUUGCCAACAGAAAAAUUUGAUUGAACAAGUUGACACUAAAUGUGAUUCUGUUCCGAAUCAGUUUCUGUCUCCCAACUGUACCAUAGACUCAUCUACUUUAACUCCAAACAUUGAUAAUCAUCACCAAAGUUUGGAUUUAUUACAAGCGUUGAAAGAGCUGCAACUCGAACGCAAAAAGUUACGACUAGAAUUUGAAAGAAAUAUAAAUCUCAUGAAAGAAUCCAUUAUUAAGGACAUGGUUUCCAAACGAAUGAAAUUAUGUUUCGACAAGUCAGGACUCUCACGAAUUGCUUCUUCUCGAUUCAGAAAGGAAAAAGUCACUCCAUCAUUCUCAGAUCAUGUCCAUUCAUCUACCUUACAAGAGUGA